AUGGCCUCCUUCGAACCAUCACUCUCCACGAGCGGCAUGCGCCCGCCACUCGCCUCGGCCGAUGCGCCGUCAAUGGCCGACUCGCUUCCCAGCAUCAACUUCGGCUUCGAGGACCUGCGCAACCGCAUGGCCCAGUUUACCGCCAAAUUCGACGCCUUCAUCGAGCGUGGCCGGAAGCAGGUCUUGGAGGAGCGAAAUCAAUUCCACAUCAAUCUCGCCGAACUGCAAGAGGACGAGCGGAUGCGCCAGCGAGACAUCGAGAUUCUCACCCUCAAAUCCCAAACCCAUGAGCAAACCCUCCAGAAAGAAGCCGCCGAGGCGGCGGAAAUGCACGCGGCCAUCUCUUCCAUUACGAUGGAACGCGACUCCCGCCUUGCGAAGCGCGACCGGCUCAAGCUGCAGAUUGCCGAGACGCAGAAGGCGAUUAAUCAAAAACUCGAGGCCCAGAAAAUUCACGCGAAGCAUCUAGAUGCGCAGUCGCGGCUCAACCUACCCGAGCUGGAGUUCUGGCAGGAUUACCUUUGUUUACGGAUUGAUGGGGCCGGCCGGGAUGAUCGGUUGAAGUUUGUGUAUAAUCAUCUGUUAGAGAAGGACUGGGAGGCGGAGGCGUGGUUUGAGUUGGGCACUGCCAGUCGUGACUACGAGGUGUUUCGUACGCGGCCCAAGCUGGACGCGGACGCCUUGGAGCGAGAGGUGGAUUUGGUCAAUGAGGAUCGAGACUUUGGUGCGUUUCUCAAGCGGAUGCGCAAGUUGUUUGUGGAUGCGAUGAAUUAA